CGGAAAGUUGAGAAUCUCGCGGAGUCAUUUUGUGCAAUCUUAUCCCUGUCACUUCAGGAGGCAGGACCAAGAGUAUAAAAGCACCUCAUUCUCGAGAUCAAAAGGUUCAAUUUGUGGAACAAGCCGAAAUCAAAAGUCGAACUGCAAAAGGAGGAAGUGGAUCAACGGUUCUUUUCGUUUGAAAAACUAAAACGAAACUGUUAAAAUGGCGGAGCAACUGCCGUCAGCAUCAACACUAUUUAGUUUGAAACAUGAAAACUACCAACUUCGGCAUCAAAUACAGCAAGUGAGGAGUUUCGUUAUUGAUUCCAGAAUAAAGCAGAUGACAUUGGAGCGCAAAUUCACAGAAAUAUCACAUUAUCCAGAUUUCCUGAUUGCGAUUAAUGACCGAAAUUCAGCGAAACUACAUAAAGUAAAACGACAUCAAGCUGGUUUACUAGAAUUUGUUAACAAUUUAGAAACAAACCGAAACAAAAUAACGAGUUAUUUUCAAACUUUGGACCAAAUAUAUAAUGAAAAUAGCCUCAAACUAUCUGUUAGUCAUCGCGAAAGAAAAAAUUAUGAUGUCGAAGUAUUGAAACUUCAAGAACAAAUCCAUCAGCAAGACGAAAAACUCGCAAUCGCUAUGGCGACGCAUUGCAAAGAUCAACAAGAUUUAAGCGAAAAUAAAAAAAAACUUGAAGAAGCUGAAAAGUCCAAACAAUCAACUAAAGAAAAAUUUGAAACUAUACAGCGUCAGUAUAAACAACAAGAAGAAUAUUGGAACAAAGAAAAGUCCCAACGGCUACAACAUUUAGAGAAAAUGAAAGAAAAGUUCAAAUCUGAUAUAACGAAAACUGUAGAGGAAGCAGAAUCCUUAGACAAAAUAAGACAUGAAGAGCAGCAACAAUUCCAUAACUAUUUGAAAACUCAAUUACAAAGAAAUAAGGCGCUCAAAGCUAAAGUCACAACAUUACAAAAUCAGAUUGAAGGCAAGAUAUCUACCAACAACACACACCCAACUUCUUCCCAGAGGAAAACACUUCAAGCAAAGUCUCCGUGUAGCGAUGUUGGCUCUUGCAAAACAUCUUGCCGGAAAUCACCUAGAGAGUCCAUAUUUAAGAGGAGGAAAUUAAUGUGCUCCGGUAGUAGUAAAUCUGAGGUCUCCUCCUUCGCAACCCAGUUUUCAAGAUCCCUGGCACCAAUGGGCGUUGCACCCCCCAUCGGUAAUAUGCACUUCAAUUCCAGAAAAACAUAAACUAAAACUUACAUUUGCUGAUUCUUCUUUUUUAUGCUUUUUACAGUUCGAACGACAAGCUCGAACAUCUACUAAAAUCUUCAAUUUUGAAAAAAUACAUUGUUUUCCACCGGUACAGCUAAAUAACAACCAAACUCGAGAAUGAAUUUUUAUUUCAUUGUAAUACUUUAACGAAAGAGGCAUAUUUCAUUUCUUAUUAUUUCUAUUUUGUCAUCUGACAAUAUACAAUGAAUUAAAUUAACAUUCUACAUAUUACAUGUAAUUUCCUGUAAUUGGAAUUAAAAACUUGUGAAUUAGAUGCUACUGAUAUAUGGAAAAACUGUUUAUACUAAUGUACAAAGUGGCCCAAAAUAAAUAAACCUUUUGGAAAAUGGAAUAGCCUAAGUAAAUAUUUGUAAAUUAUACAUAAUUAGAAUUUGUGUGUGGAAACCGUUGAACACUAUACUCCUCAAGAACGCGGAAUGGUUCUACUUUUUAAGGUAUUUAUUUAUAUAUCAACUUCCUCGUGCCCCGCAGACUGCGCGAACAUUGAGGAGAUUUAUGGCACAGAGGUAGACCUCGAACUGUAGGUUCUGCCCAGAAUAUCCCUUCUGUCACUCAAGAUGUGGUGAAAGAGCGAAGUACCCAAUUUCGAAAUGGUACGUAGACGUGAUUGACGCGCUAUGACCCAUUAAGGAAUGAAUAGCAACCAUAUAUAUAACUUCAAAUUUCAAACCUGCAC